AUGAACCAAGCCAGCGCGGUCCAAAUGCUGUGCAUCCCAUUACAUACGUCCUCACCAAACCCCACGGCGUUCAACACCCCCACCGCUGAUCAUACUCCCGCUGCGCAGUUGCCGUCGAUCACCGCAACCUCAUUCAUCCUCACGAUGGCGACGGCGGCGACGAAUAGCACUACUCCCACCACCAUCACCACGACCACCUCCAGUGGGGGUAGUUUCGAUGCCCUGAAGGCCCCCGUUCGCCUACCAGCAAUGCGUACUCGCUCCGAACUUAUUUGGGUUGCAAUUGCACCUUUACGGCAAUCAUCGUCCUGGUCGGUCACUAACGAAUUCAUCGUCCUGAGACUGAUUAAACAGGGCCAGGAUCUCCGACGUAGGCUAGCAGAACCCGCCUCCAUUGGCCACAUUAUUCACACACAUUCACUUGCCCUAUCGGCCUUUUACGAACGCGUGGACAUCCAGGAGUGCAGAAUUCACCGAAAUGGCAACACACCAUACAUCUAA